GUGAGACAGCGGCCUUUGCGCACCAUAUAUAAUAUACGUUCAAGACACCACCCCCUUCUUGAAGUUGGAUGCGUCAUCCGAUCAACAGGAGCAUGGAUCAAAUGCAACAAUGUCGUCAUCCCCUUCGUUCACGCCCGUACACUCCUUCCUGGGAGGGCUGAUGCUGGCCUCGAGCGUGCACGCCAUGCUCACACAACUGGGCUCUGUCUUGGGCAUCUCAGGAUUUUUCCACGGUGCCGUCCGCAGCUUUGUUGACUCCAGCAGUGAUACCUCUCCAAAGGUUGCCAACGAUCCUCAACGAAUCAGCGACAGGACGGCGGUCAGCACGGCACGGCUCUUCACUGCCGGCCUCCUCGCUGGAGGCUUGCUGCUAGGUGCUCAACGGGGUCUGUUCGAAAGCAGCUUUGGGGUCAAGGUAUUCGACGCAGUGCCCCCCAGCCCGCCGCUUUACACUGCCCUCUUCGGCAUUCUGGUCGGGCUCGGCACCAAGCUCGGCUCUGGCUGCACUUCUGGACACUUCCUAUGUGGCCUCAGCCGCGUUUCACCUCGUUCGAUAGCUGCCACAGCCACGUUCUUUUGCGUCGCCGUUGCCGCGCAUCAGCUCAGCAGCUCUCCACUGACACUCCAAGCUGCGCGAUCGACCGUGGCGGAUCCUGUUCAUCUGCCCGGUGCUAAGGCAAUUGCGCUGCUGCAGCUGCCUGCACUGAUCUAUACGUUGCUCGUGCCGCUUCUUGCAGCCCCAAAGAGUGGCGAAAAGCCGCAGGAGGUAGCAAGAAGGCACCGUCUCGGCGCCAAGGUCGUUUCGUUCUGCACGGGUCUGCACUUUGCGUUUGGCCUCGCUCUGACGGGCAUGCUGCGUUCGAGCAAGGUCCUCGGCUUUCUCUCGCUGUCACCCAUGCGCAUCAUCGGCAUGUAUGGAUGGGACCCCUCGCUCGCGAUGGUGGCCCUCGGCGGCAUCCUGCCUAGCGCUGCCGGCUACUUUCUUAGCGUCAAGCCGCGCAUCGAUCGCGGGGGCAAAACGGAGGCGGACCAGCCGAUGCUGCAUGCUGCCAGCCCCAUGUGGAGGCUGCCCAAAAGCCAGAUCAUCGACGCCAAACUCAUCGGCGGUGCUGCGCUCUUUGGCGCUGGGUGGGGUUUGAGUGGCUUGUGCCCCGGCCCCGCCAUUGUCAGUCUAGGCGCGGCAUUCGCAUCUGGACAAGGGCUGCAGCACAUCUCAAUAUUCUGUGCAUCGAUGGCCGCCGCAGGCCAGUUGGCCUCGCUCCUCACAUAGCGAACGUCUCACACGGAACGCAUUGAGAAGGAAAGCAUGCUGAUCGGAACUACUCCUGUUGCUUAUUGUAUAUCCGGAAUCGCAAUUCAUUCCAACUCCUUACACA